UGGAGCAGCAAGUCAACUGUGACAAUGACUACCUUGAAGUAUAUGAUGGAAGCAGCAACACAGCAGUUAGGAUAGGACAGUUCUGUCAUAACACUGUGCCCAUAAUUAUUAAUUCAACUUUUAAUUUUAUGUACAUAGUGUUCCAUAGUGAUAGCUCAAUUGCAGAACGAGGAUUUCAGGCUGAUUUCAAGGCUGUGGGUGAGAAUUGUCAUAAUAGAUUCCAGAAUUUUUUUUCAGCACAAUUAACUAGAUUGAAUGCUGCCUAAAGACACAGCAAAAUUUUUAAAAUCCGUCCUCUUGUUGGGAUGGGUGCCACAUGUUCUGUAUUCCUCUUGUACAAAUUAACACGCCUAGCAGAUAAUAAUCGGAUUAAAUAUCUACACCAUGGUAGAUUCUUAUAUACUGCAAUGCAGUUCACAUCAAAGCACCAAUUCAAUCAAUGACCUCAAUUCUGUUUGGAACCAACCAGGUUUGACUCUGUCUCAUUCACUGUAAUCUCCUAGUGAGAAUCAGGUGUUUGCCAUGCACACAUUACUUAUGAAGUAAAACAGUAGAACAUUUUCUCCAUUGCUAAUUAUGGCUCCAGCCACACCUGUUGCAUGAGUGCAUAUCUCCCAUUAGAAUAAAAUAGUUUCUGAUGUGUUUUCAUAACACUCAUUGUCAAUAAACUCAAAAUGAUUGACCAAAAUAUGGAGAAAUGCCCAACAUUGACUGAAAAAUACCAGGAAAUUUGGGGACAUAAUAGAACAUAACAGCUGAUACAAAUGCAGGCAGUAAUUUUAAUGAAUGCAUACUGUUAUUUAACACACAAAAUAUUGUGCAUCAACACAAAAAAAUUAUCUUAAAAAGUACACAUUUUAAAAGUUGAGUUUGGGUUUUUGGCUACAACAUACAAAAUUUCCUCUUAAAUGAUGUAUUGUAAUUUCAACAGCAUGUCCCCAACAUUGGGCUAAAGGAUGCAUUCCCUCCUGUUCAUGUGCAGAACACAAGACUUUAUACUGUGAUAUAAACAAAGGUGAAUGUGUAUGCAAACCUGGAUGGACUGGCUAUAACUGCGAGAUGGAAGUUGACCUUUGUUCUUCUAACUCUUGUCCUGCCAACACUACAUGUGAAACUGAAGAUGGGAUUUUAUCAUGUCGCUGUAAGUAAUUCAAUUAAAACAAUCAUUUUUUUUAAAUUUCCUAAAUUGAGAUAUUCCAAAAAUUAUUGACAGCUUCUUUCACAUGAGAUAACUAUCAUAUAAAAGGCCUCAAAUCAAUAAAUAUGUUACUUGGAAAAUGAGUUUAUCCAUAUCAGUAUAUAUUAUAAAAUAAGUAUAACCAUAAAUUAAAAAAAGAACCACUACUUUUCUAAAAUAGGGCAAUGCUUAAAAUAUAUGAGGUGAAUAGAGGUUGAACCUGCAUAACUAUUCUCUUAAUAAUAAUUAUUAUUCCCAGCCUGUAACGUUUACAUUUCAUCUGAAAGUGGCUACAUAUGGAGUCCAGUUUAUAAAGACUUUUUAUAUGGAGGUUAUUCAGCUAAGUUCUGCUUUUGGACAAUCAUUGGACCGGCUAAUUCAGUUGUCACAUUAAGGUAAGCUUUUUAACACUUCUUUUUUUCAUAGUAUCCUAAAUGAAAUAAUCAUUUAGAAUGGCUUUCAAAAGCAUUUUAAAUAAAUUAUUAAAAUUUUAUUCAAAACAAUUGACAGUUGUCACAUUAAGGUAAGCUUUUUAACACUUCUUUUUUUCAUAGUAUCCUAAAUGAAAUAAUCAUUUAGAAUGGCUUUCAAAAGCAUUUUAAAUAAAUUAUUAAAAUUUUAUUCAAAACAAUUGUCUGUAGUAUAAUAUUUAACCAACCGUUUGACUUGCUCCUAAACUCUAUAUUAUUGAAAAUCUUUUAGAAAAAUACACAAUUCUUAUACCUAAAGAAUUUCUUGACCAAUUUUCACAUCUUUCCAACACUCUUGUGAUUUUUAACGUUAUUUAAUAAAAAUUCACACUCGCACCUGUACAUGAAUUGUAUUUUGUGAAAAAUGGAAAAAUAAUUUUUAAUUAAAAGAAAAUCUUAACCAAUCAUUGUUCACAUGCCAAAACUGUAUUUUUUGGAAAGGAAAAAAUGAUGGCUCAAUAUUUAAAGAUUAAUUUUUCAUAUUAGGUUUUUAAAUAAUGUUAUCUUCAUGAAAAUGCUCCCAUUCUCUUUCUUUUGCACUUGAAUUGUAUGUUAAUGAAAUGUUUACAAUUUUUAAUAUAAAUAUAUUGUAAUCCUCAUAAAUAUAUUCACUCUUAUCCUCACCCCUGAAAUGUAUCUGAUAAAAUGUGUUUAUGUGUUAUGUCCUUAGUUUCAAAGAAAAUCUUAUCCGCCAUUUUCCCCUUUCAAACUUUUCAGUUUCGAGGUAUGAUUAUUAUAACACGUGUUAUAUUGCCCAUAUUGCAAUAACAUGGUUAACUAUUUCUGCAGUGGAUGGCCUGCCGCUAUCACUUGAAUAAUUGAUUCAUUCACUCCCCAAACUUAUCUGUUCUCUCUCUCACCAAUGAAGUGGCAACGUCCAACGAAUUAUUUAUUCAGUACUUUAUUACACAAAAUAGAUGAGUUGAAUAAUAAAUCUUGCCAUGAGUAUAUCCUAGUGACAAUGAUAGGAUGCAAUGAAUUAAUACAUAUACGUUCCACAAUAUUCCAUCAGAUAAUACUUUCCUAAUCAAUUAUACUUAUGUAAAUGUGCCCACAUUAUGUAAAUGUGCCCACAAUGUGUCAAUGCCCUUGAACUGCAUUUUCAGACAUUGGUUUAUAGGGGGGGAAAUGUUUUUUUUUGCUCUAUUGAACAGAGCAUAAUGGAGUGAAUGACAUUGGCUUAUUCUAACAUAAAUAUACUUUUCUAGAUUUCAGGAGUUCAAUUUUCCAAAUCAAUUUGUUCGGGUCAUUUGGAAUGUCAUGGUGUAUGAUGGUGACUCUACAGAUAGCAAUCUGCUUGGGAAAUACAAUGCGGAGGGUGCUUCAGGCAUUGUCAGAUCAACUGACAAUACAAUGCAUGUUGUUUUAUCAUAUGGAGGCCAUGAAGGAAAUGGUUUCAUUGCAUCAUUUUCUACCCAUGGUGAGUAAGAUAAAUAAUAGUUCAUUGGUGCAUAUCAACCUCACUUUUAUGUUAACAGUAUGAAUGUAAUUUUCUUUUGCUUCUUGUAAAUGAACCGGUGUUAUAACAACUUAUUGUCAUUAUUGGCCAUUACCAAUAUAUAAUUUUUCCUUGCUCCCAAGUGGUCUGCCAAAUACCCCAGGGAUGUGAGUACCAAAUGUUGGCAAACACUACUAGGCUUAUCAUAGCAAGCCAAAAGUUAUUACAAAGCUUAUUCUAAAUGAAUAUUUUAACUUAAUAUUUGUGUCAACUCCUAUAGUCUUCUUGGAUUGAUUACAUUCGUCAAGUUCUUUUCACACGUUGAAGCGUCGUACUAUUCUCACUAUCAUUGAACAAACUCAACUCUUUUUCAUAAUAACUAACUUUAAUAUCUAAGUAAAUAUAAUACACAUCCUAUCACUCCAAAGUUCCACUCAAGACUGCCGCACCACUAAAACAUACGUCACAAUACUGCAUAGACAAUAUGUCACGAAUCAGCAUAAAAAUACGUCAUAGAGACAAUGGCGGGAAGAGCAAUCACUAACUAUAUUAGUCAAGCGCGGGAAAAGCGUUCAACAACUAAUGAACAUAAUAUUGAGUCGCAACAAUUACUAAUGAACGCUCAUACUCGACUAUUUGUAACUACCACAUUGCAUAAUAAUGUUUCACCAGUGUUCUUUUUAAGCAUUUCAUUUGACUAACAGAAAUAUCAAAAUUCAAUCCAAAUAACACAACAUGCGGCCCGCGAAACCCUUUCAUGCGGCCCGCGGAGACCUUUUUGUAUACAGAAAAAAUUACGGAAAUUUACGUGUAUCCUGCCAAGAUCAGACGCCGCUUAUGUGGACACUAUGUUUUUACUGAAUUAAAAUAGAGGCGCGCAGUAGUGCGUUAUGUUUUCUAACCGAUCAUUACUUAGCAAAACUUUAUUCGCCGUUUAGUUUUUCUACUUGCGUUCAGUCAAUGAGAUACAACGCCAUCUAGUGACGGAGCUUUGCCCGCCGUGUUGCAGACAUGGUUGAAAACAUUGUGACUCAAAUAGUGAAAAUGCAAGCAAGUUUCGCCAAUUUUUAAUUGCAAUGGAUGAAUCGCUUGACAGCUGUUCCACCUCUUAACUGCUUGUGUUCGUUAGAGGUGUGGAUGAAGACAUGAACAUAACACAAGAGCUGGAUUCCUGACAUAGCAUGGACGACACUGCUACCGGAGAGGAUAUAUUCAAUGAGUUGAAAAAAACAUUUGCCGAUUAUAACUUGGACUGGACUAACCUCAGUUGCCUGACUGUUGGAGGAAAUAACGUGAGUGGCAUAAAGAAAGGCUUGGUUGGACAAGUGAAGCAGAUGUGUAAUGAGAAAAAAAUUGUGCAACCAAUGUUCCUGCACUGUAUUAUUCAGCAGAAAGCUGUGUGUGCUAAAUAUGUGGAAAUCAGCAGCGUACUGAAUCCUGUGCUAAAGAGGGUUAAUUUAAUAAGGUCACAUGGGCUCAACCAUAGACAGUUCAGAGACCUGUUGAAAGAUGCAGACACAGAAUCGCAAGAUUUACCAUAUUACACAGCAAUAAGAUGGCUAAGUUGUGAGAAAGUUCUGAGCAUAGUAUUUAAGAUAAGAAAGGAAAUAAGCAAAUUUCUGGAAAGUAAAGGCAAGCCACAGCCAUCAUUAUCUGAUGAAAAGUGGGUAUGGAAAUUGGUCUUGGCUGCAGACAUAACUAGUCAUUUGAAUUUUUCUGAACUUAAAACUACAAGGAGAGGAAAAUUAAUUUCUGAUCUAUACACCCACCUAAAGGCCUUCAGAUCCAAAUUCGUCUUGUUUUUGGAACAAGUACAGGCCAACAACUUGACGCACUUUCAGCAGUGGACGGUGUUCAUGGCUGAAGCUAAAGCGGAGUUCCCCACAUCAUUUGCAUGCGAGAUCAUGAAAGACCUCCAGCUGCAAUCAGCAGCAGUUUUCUGACUUGGAUUUAAAGGCAGAAGUGAAACUUUUUCAAAACCCUUUUAAAGCAGACGUGGCCAGUCGCCCAGAUGAACUGCACCUGGAGGUCAUUGAGUUGUAAGCAAAUGACCUCCUUAGGGACAAGUUAAAAGAAGGACCGGCAGGUUUCUAAUUAAUUUUCGCCCAAUGAGACUUUCCUAAUUUCAAAACAUUUGCAUACAUGCACCUUUCAAUCUUUGGAACAACAUGCCUGUGUGAACAAAAAAUUUUGAGAACGAAUACGUGAAGGACGAUUUGAGAAAAAAUUUGUCCGAUGAUAAUGUCAGGUCACUGUUGAUGUUAGAGACAUCAAAUCUAAAUCCAGAAAUGUCUGCUAAUCACUGCUAUUUUGGCAUCAAGGAAACAAUUUCACCAUUCCCACUAAUACAGAUGUUCAUGUGUCGUGUAUCAAUGUGUUAUUAAAUAAUAACUGAAUAAAAUAAUAGUACAUAAAUAAUUAAAAACAACCAUGUUGUGAUUCUUUUUUAUUUGGACCUCGAGUGUGUAGUCGGCCCCCGAGCUGCUGUUUGAUAGUUAAUGUGGCCCUCAGGCUGAAAAGUUUGGAGACCCCUGGUAUAGAUCCAUAGGAAAGUCAGUUGGUGGUCUACAGCCAAAUAACACAAGUGAUAGCAUAGCUCCAUAGGGAAGUCAGUUGGUCUACAGCCAAAAAUGGGUCAUUCUACAUUAUUGCUAUUUAAAAAAAAAAUUACUUGUACAAACAGGGGUUUCUUGUUAUGUAAAUUGUAGAUGAGGUAUUUCUUUGUAGAAUAUAUUCCUUGCAUCCAAUAGGUUAGGACAAAUAUAUGCAUGGCAGAAAUUUAAAACUCAAAAUGUCUGGAUUCCACCCAUGGGAUACAGUAAAGGUUAAAAAAAAUAUAAUAAAAAAAUACCUGUAGCACAAAAAGGGUUUUAGUAAUGCAAACAGUAAAGAGAUUGUAACUGUGUAUUCAAACUUCAGCUUGUAAUCCUUUCACCUAUGGGCAAACAUGUGAAAACCAAUGUGAUUGUGAAACUAACAACACCCAACACUGUGAUCAUUUGAC